AUGUUGGUGAUGGAAUCUUACGAAGACUCAAAUUGUCCUUCGAUGAGCGACAGCCUCUCCUUGUACGAUCGAUAUAUGCGAAGCUUUAACCUCGUUAGCUUCAAUCAUCACGUAAGUGAACCUUCCAGCAAUCGCGAGAGCUCUAACAGUAGAGGUAACAUUGACUUGUCUACUGUUAUACAAUCCACUAUAGAAGAACAUAAUGAUAAUGAAGCUGAUUACAAGGAAUGCAGUCCUUUAAACUCUGCUGCGGAUAACUUAGACAAAAUACUAGACAACGAUUUAGUUAGAAUCGAAUCGCCUUGUACAUCUCUCGCGGCUUCUCUAUCCGAGACCUCAUCCGCGGCAAAUCACUGUUUAAACGAUAAAUCGGAAACCGUCCCAGUGUCCUCUGAAGAAUCGAAAUCCGAAGGCUUUCGUACAGUGUUCAUAACCUCAACUAUGGAAAAUAGUAACAAUGCGGUGGACAGCGUACCGAUGUUCCAUGACGUGAAACAAACUGAGAAUGUUUUCAAGCUUCCAAUAAGAGAAUUGUCCUUCAAUGGUACAAUACUCAAACAUGUACAGAAAUUAAAACCCAUAGUUGACCCUAUCACAGCUUUGAGCACUGCUAAUAACUUGAACCUUCACGAAGAAGUGGAUUCGGUUACAGAUAAUACACCAGUGCAUGAUUAUAUUGAUUCACAAAGUGACAGUAAUGAAAAGAUUACUAUGGAUUCUCUAAGUAACAUGAGAACCACAGAGAGCAAUGGUUUAGAGCAAGAAGAGUCAAAUUCACUAAAAGAACAAGAUGUGAAUUCAAAGUGGAAUUUAGAGCAAAGCUUUUCUUCCCUAGAUGCCUCAUUCGACAGUGGUAUGCGUUCUCCAGAUAUGUUUUCCGAGGAUGACGAUAUGGAGCCUAGUAAAACGGAAGAACCAUUCUGGUGCUUCUUAAAAGAUUAUGAAUCAUAUGACAAACGAAAAGUUAGGAAAAUUGAGGAAACAUUACAAGGAGUCUUGCCACCACCAUCUGUAACAACCAUUAAGACAGAUGUAACGCAAAUGCUCAAAAAAUACUAUUGUUUCCUUCCCGCCUUUAAUGGAGAAGACAAUCUUAACAUAGAAGCUAACUCUAUGACACCAACCAAGAAGGUUUCAUUUAUAAACAUACCCUCUGGUCUAGGGAUUUCAGAUGCCUUUCAAGAAGUAGCUAAAGAUGCAUCAUUAGGAAAGUUCAUUAAAACUUUUGACAAAGAUACUUUGAAAACAGAAUCAGAGGCAAACACAAGUAUAAGUGAUAAAAGUAUUCAGUUAAAAAUGGGCACAGAAGCAGAGGCUUCAGAAACAGAUUGGCCUGAAUUGCUGAAAUGCAAGUUUCAUGAUGUUUAUUACAAUGUAACCUGUUAUUCUGAGAAGUAUGAACUUUUGAUUCAACGGUAUGGGGAAAGGUUUGUUGGAGCGGAGACAGACACCAGUGUAAAUAUAUACUCCGGCGGACUGCAGUCUCCUAGCAGUGCUAGCAAGAGAAAAGCGCUUAGAUUGAAGAUGGCUCAAGUGAAGUCGCCCGGAAGGAGGCUGUCCCACUUGGCACGUCGUCGGCAGGCGUUCUGUAGUGCAGCCACCAUAAAUGAGAAAGCGCAGACCAGCAAUUCCAAAAUGGUGUUAAUAGAUAAAAACUUCUUCCCACACAGAAAGCUCAUCAACUCGGCCGAACGAAAAAGUCCCCGGACAAGACGCACACCUGGCAAGAAAACACCCACCCGCAAAACACCCGGCAAGAAAACCCCAGGAAAAACACCCAAGGGCCAAAGCGGAGGAUCAAGCAGGAAAAAAGCGAUGAGAAGAUUACUAAUGGACUCUGACAUGAUAACAAGGUCUCAGCCUAGAGAAUCCCUUAAAAGGGCCCUUUUUGUUAGUCCGGAGCAUAAGAAGACUAUACCAGUUGCUGCUACAUCCGUACCUCAUCAGGCUAUGAAAUCGAAAAGAGCCCUAUUCAGCUCUCCAGUAAGACAAGCAGAGACUAAGAGUCUAGAUGGGACGUCAAGUGACCAGUUCUUGAAGAGAAAACGUGACACUUUUGACGAGGAAGAUAGUAAUGGUAGAGGCAAAAUAGCAAAGAGCUUGUCGUUUGGUGGUGACAGUUUUGGAAGUACGCAGCCGAUGUCGUUCAGUCGACGCGCCUCCGAAGUUCUGACUACGAAGAAUAUGGCCGAAUUGAACGAGACACAUAAGAAGAAACUACUUUGGGCGGUGACUGAAGCGCUCCGCCUGCACGGGUGGCGGAUGUCUUCCCCGGGCUUCAGAGAGAAGGCGUCUUUAUUAGCACGCCUCACACGCAAACUACUGACCCUCCCACCGCACGCUGCUAAACUGGCCGCGCCGAAGUUGUCCACCUCCGAUACCAUGUUCAAACUCGCCCGCCAAUACGUCUUCGCGAUCAUCCAAGGCCGCACAGUAGAAGAAUGCUUCCAGGACGAGCAAAUCAAACUCUCCACCGAGAGCAACAAACUAUCUGGAUACAUAUCAGCAACCGCGUACCAACAGAUGAAAACCAAGCAAAUACCGUGCACGCUGACCUCUCAGAUCAAAGAAAACGCAUGUAACGAUGGGCCAAUGAAACAAGAACAACCUAGGAGUAUGUCCAAAAAUAUACUGCAAGAUAAAAUGGUUAAUAUUGAUACUAAUUCCAACAGCAGCGGUUUUGGAAUGUUGGAUAAAAUAGGCGUGUUCAAAUCGAAUUCCAUGCCCUCUUUCGAGGAUGCAGCGAAAAUGAGGGCAAGGAGACAAAUCAGUUUUGACAAUGUCGACUUUCCCAAAAGGUGAUGUCGUGUAGUUUAUUAUGAGAUCGUGUAAAAAUGACUCCAUCGGUUUAGUUGUGAUUUAAGUUAGUAUUAUUAUUUAUUUUUAAAAAAAGACUACAUACAUUAUACAUGUGCAUCAAUUGAUAGAAUUCUGCGAUUCAAAAUUAUUUUAGAGAUAAUAUUUCUGUCUUUGAGGGUCAGUAGAACUUAAAAUUUACGAAUUACUCUGUAGCCAGUCGCAAAGCUACAGAUUUUUUCGGACUCUGUUAUGUGUCCAAGAAUAGGGACAAUAUACGGUAUAUUGUCCCUAUUCAUGGAAUUAAUGGAAAUAAAUUUAAAGAGUUCAACGCAAAUGACACCCAUUUUAUCCAUGAUUCUGACGCCUUUCUGGCGAUUUUUACACUUCCGACGUUUAGCACUAAUUUACCGGUUUUUUUGAUUCAAUUCAAAUUGGGCAAAAGUUUUGAGUUAUCGAGAUCAUUGUGUAUAGUGAUAUUUAUAGGAGUAUCGUUAAUAUGCUAUCUGAUUAUGGAUAAUUAAUUUUUAUAUUUAUUUAAGUUGGUACCCAUGUCUCUGGAACGGCCCUAAGAUACUAUAGACAUAUUUCUUAAGCGUGCCCUAAAGUAUCCCCAUUUCAUGAGUAAAUAAGUAAUUGUGUAUUUAAUUGCUGAGCAGAAUUUGACUUGUUAUUUUAUUUAUGACGUUUUAUAAAAACAAUUUGCAACAAUGGAAUGCACUAGCUUAAGUCGCCAUUUUAGUUUCGACUUCAUUCACGUUUUUUUUAAAAUUAUAGCAGAAUGCCAAGUGUGAAAUUUUCUACAUAGGUUCACUUAUUCGAUCGCGUGCAGGUUUACUACGAUUUGUAUGGUAUCGAAGCAGCGCCACCUAUUUGCAAAACUGGGAAACCGUGCUAGAUUGCGAUCUAUCGACACGAUACCAUAUAAAUCGUAGUAAAGUUAACUACGAUACGUAAGAAGGAACUCUUACACCUGGCACUCAGGUUCUCUACUUUCCUUAGUGGUGGAGUUUUUGACAUACCAUUUGAAUGGUCCCUUCGCAAGCAUAAUAUGGAUUUUAAUAGCUUCUAAUUAGUCACGGCGAGAUUCGUAAGUGCUUCCUAAGGUUGUGUUUCCACCAAAGUACAAUCAAGUUGAGCAGAAUAUCUGAAAACUUGAUAGAACUAUCUCGAUACUCUAUUUGGUUUUUAUACAAGAUGCCGCUACAUUGGGUCGAAACGCACCUUUCCUGUUAUUUUAUUUUUAUUAAUAGUUUUAUUUUGUUGUUUAGCGUGUCUUUACGUAUAUAGAGAACUUUUUGCUAGUUUAUUUGUAUUUAAAUCUCUCUAAACUUUUCUGACAGUUUUAAACAUCCAGUACCUAAUAAUGCAAAAAACUAGAUCAAUAACUUCAGAAAAGUAAUCUAUGCUAUCUUAAUCAAUCUAAACGUUAUUCGAUUGUUUUAGAUUUUUCUUCUAAAUUAUUUGGUUUCGGUUUAAACACAGACGAUUUUUUGACGACGGCAGGUACAAUAUAGGAAUUAAGAACUUCUGAAUUUUCUCCUCUCUUGCCGCCUAUAAACUUAUUGUUGAUAUGGGUGUAAUAUAACUGCCAUAAUCCUAACAACCCAUUGCGCUUCCAUAUUAGACUAAAUUGUAGAAUAAUCGCGAUAAAAAAGUAUGCAAGAAUAUAUAAACGGAACAGUGACAGACACUUCUUAAUGCACCUUAAGCAUCAUUGUCUUAGCCAUAUACUUCCCGUAGUAUUACUUACGCUUAUUUUCUUUUGCGCUUUGAAUUGUACAUACACGUCACGAAAGUUGGUAAAGUUAGGGCAGGAUGGACUUAAUAUUUUCGUAUUUGUUUGUUAUAGUAGUAAAUGAAUGUUUAUUUAGUAUAAUAAACACUAAACUUACGUAGUAUAGUAAGAUUAUAGGCCAAGCAAUGUCAUUCUUAUAUAAUCUGUAUGUAUCACAAAAUGCACAGUAAGAUUCUUGAGACGCAUCCGAUACAAAAUAUCAAACAAUGUAAUUUUCACCAAUUCAAAUAAUAUGAGUGUACAUAACGGAAUGGAACGAUAAAGAACAUAACGUAAGAAAGAAUAUUCAAAUCUAAAUGUUCCAAUAAAAUACCGAAAUUGUUGCUUGUGAAUUGUAAUACAGUACCGAAAAUUUAUAUUUUCUUAUUCAUUCGAUGGCGAGACAAUUGCAAUUUUAAAGACAAAAUUACUACAUUUCGUUAUCUUUAGGUUCAAAGGGCGUAAUCACCAUUUAUCGUUCUCUUAUAAGGAGACCUAUAAUACUGAUAAUCUUUUUAUUUUAUUUAUGCCGCUGUCGAUUGGUUUUAGUAUUUAUAUUAUACUACAAUAUUCUUAUGUCAUAAUUAAAAAUUUUCGUUUCUUUCGUUUUAUUGAACCGAAAGUUCGCUUUAUGUUUAAUGACACCCAUUGAGUCUAAGUUUUACAUACACUCAUUGCGUCUAAAAAAAAAUGUUUUUUAUUAUCAUUGAUAAGGUGGUAAUCCGAGCGGACCACUUCAACUCUAAAAGGGAGUCCCUUUAACAGAAAACAUUAAAGAAAAGUAAUAUAUUUUAUUUAAAAACGUACUUACUUAUUUAAAAAAAAACGAGCUCUGGGCUCUGCCGAAAUAAAUAAUGUAUAUUGUAAUUGUUAAGGUGGCAACCUUAUUUUCUGCUACAUAUUCGUGUGACAAAGUUCGUUAUUAUUAUUUUUAGUAGUAAUUAAUGUAUGCUGUCCAAAGUAUAAUAUUACAGUGUGACUCGACUAAUAAGUAACUUUUGAUAAUUGUGUUACUAUCGCUGAGUUUGAUCUCAGAUCAGAUGUUUUUGUAUGUAAGGAAAGAAUAAACUCUUUUUCGC